AGGUCAUUGAACUUGACUUCGAUCAGUUACCGGAGGGAGAUGAAAUUAUCAGUAUUCUGAAACAGGAACACACACAGCUGCACAUAUGGAUUGCUUUGGCGGCAUAAUUCACCUACAAUAAGCUGCACAUAUUUGACAUGUACCAUUUGAGAAGUUUUAGCAUAUUUCACACCUGUGAAAUCAUCACUACGUUCAAGCUGGAAUAUUACAAGCAAGGAAAAACGGAAGAGUUUGUAAAGUUGUUGGAAGCAGCAUGUAUAGAUGGCAAUUUGGAUUAUGGAGACCAUGAGAAAGACCAGAUGACUUGCUUGGAUACAUUGGCAGCCAAUUAUGUACAACAGGCUCGGAAGGAAAAGAAUAAGGACAAUAAGAAAGAUCUUAUUACACAGGCAACCCUGUUGUAUACCAUGGCUGAUAAAAUUAUUAUGUAUGAUCAGAACCACUUGUUGGGAAGAGCCUGCUUCUGCCUACUUGAAGGUGACAAAAUGGAUCAGGCUGAUGCGCAGUUUCAUUUUGUACUCAACCAGUCUCCAAAUAAUAUCCCAGCCCUUCUUGGUAAAGCUCACAUUUCAUUCAACAAGAAGGAUUACAGAGGAGCUUUUGCUUACUAUAAGAAAGCAUUGCAUACUAACCCAGGAUGUCCAGCGGAAGUUCGUUUAGGAAUGGGCCAUUGCUUUGUGAAGCUUAACAAACUGGAGAAAGCUCAUCUGGCAUUCAGCAGAGCCCUGGAACUCAAUUCCAAAUGUGUGGGAGCAUUGGUUGGACUGGCUGUACUAGAACUCAACAAUAAAGAGGCUGAUUCCAUCAAAAAUGGUGUCCAGCUUCUUUCCAGAGCCUAUACUAUUGACCCUAGCAACCCCAUGGUAUUGAACCACUUGGCAAAUCACUUUUUCUUCAAAAAGGAUUAUAAUAAAGUCCAGCACUUGGCUCUCCAUGCAUUCCAUAAUACAGAAGUGGAGGCUAUGCAAGCAGAAAGUUGUUAUCAGCUGGCUAGAUCGUUCCACGUUCAGGAAGAUUAUGACCAAGCCUUCCAGUACUACUAUCAAGCCACACAGUUUGCUUCAUCCUCUUUUAUGCAGAUUUUGGGGUAG